AUGAGCGCGGAGGACAAGCGGCAGACGCUGCUGGAGAUAUUCCACGAGUCCAAGGACGUGUUUGUGCUCAAGGACAUCGAGAAGCUGGGCGCCAAGCGGGGCGUGGUGCUGCAGAGCGUGAAGGAGGUUCUGCAGAGCCUGGUGGAUGACCACCUGGUGCACGGCGAGAAGAUAGGCAUCAGCAACUAUUUCUGGGCCUUCCCAAGCGAGGCCGCCGUCAUCCUGGACGGCCAGGUGGCGGCGGCAGAGGCAACGCUCAGGGACAAGCGAGCGGAGCGCGCUGCGCUGCAGAAGAAGGCGGAGCAGAGCAGGGCGGGCAAGGAUGACAGCGACGAGCGGCAGCAGCUGGCGGCGCAGCUGGCGGCGCUGCAGGCGGAGGUGGCGGCGCAGCGGGAGGAGCUGGCUGAGUACGCGGGCAACGACCCCGACCGAUAUGACGCCCUCAAGGAGGCCGCCAAGCUGGCGUGCGACUCGGCCAAUCGCUGGGUAGACAACAUAGAUGCGCUGCGGGGCUGGCUGAAGAAGAAGUUUGAUGGGCGGGGGGCGGAGAUAGACAGCCUGUUCAAGGAGAACGGCAUCAAGGAAGACCUGGCAUACUACCAGCUGGACAAGGAGGGCUAG